ACAGCAUUGGAUUUACUUUCGAAAGCGAUCGCCGAGGCCAAAGAAGACAGUAUGUUGGGUGGCGUUCUCGAGCAAACGGCCACAUUGAAUAUUCACCUGGGUGAUUACCAAUCAGCAGUGGAGUGUUUGGAGCGUUUGUCAGCGUUAAAACCGAACGACAUGCAAAUCUUGUGUCGUCUCAUCAAAGCAUACUCGGCAUUCGAUGCGAAACGGGCCGAAGAGUUGACCAAUCGAGUGUUUCCACCGAAAAACACCUCAGAGGAGGUAGUGACUGGAAAACUUCGUAAACGCAAACGAAAGCGUAAGGUGAUUUUGCCGAAGAAUUACGAUCCGAAAGUGCCACCAGAUCCGGAAAGAUGGCUGCCGAAACAAGAGCGAACAGCCUACAAAAAGAAACUGAAUAAGCGACACAAGGAUCGUGAGAUUGGACGUGGCACGCAAGGCACAACAGCUGCAUCACCGCAAUUGUGA